AUGAAAAUAUUCAAUAAUACUCAUAAAUUUAUAAUAUUGGUUAUAUUUUUUUGCAUUUUAUAGCAUUUUAUUGUUUAAGGAAUACGCGAUAAGUAAGUUAAACUUAAUAAAAAUGAAUUUUCUCAUCUUUAAAAUAUUGUGAAUGAAUUGCCUCCUGAAGAAACCAAUCAUGAUAAUAAGGAAUCUAGGUUUUUGUAAGCUGAUCAAAUCAGAAUUUAAUUUGAUAUUAGCUUUAUACAAGCAUCUACUUCGUUUGCCACCUCUUUAAUAAGCUAAUUAACAAAUCUUUUCGAAACUGUUUCACUGUUUUAUUAAAACUUGAUCUCUGUAAAAGUACCUAUAUCGGGAUCUAUUCAAAUACCAUCAACAAUGACAAAUUGCAAUAAUUAUAUUUUUUCAGCUACUCAAAAGGUCUAAAGCUAUAAAAACACAGAUCUGUUAAUAUUUGUCGAUUAUCAAUUAAAUUCUACUUUUAUAGAUGAUUUUUCUGCUGUAAGCUACAUUUGUGAUACAGAUUCUACAAACAGAGUUAUAAUUUCUUAUUUAAGUCUUACUUUCAAAAGUAUUUCUGAAAGUUUGUCAGAUUAUUAAUUUAGCUAACUCUAGAAAUAAGUAAUUCAUGAAAUCAUGCACUCUCUUGCUAUGAAUUCAUAGUUAAUCAAUUAUUUUAGAGAUUCAACAAAUAACUUAUACGAUGCACAUGUAAUUAAUAUUACAAACUAAACACUUUCAUAUCCAAACACUUUAAAUUGGGCCUAAAAAUAUUAUAAUUGCUCAUCUUUGACUUAAAUACCAAUUGAAAUUGACUCUUUAGGAAACAUUCACUGGAAUAGGGUUAUCCUUUUAGAUGAUAUUAUGUCAGGACUUUAUAUAUAUGGAGAAGGUUUAUGGAGUGGAAUCAAUAAUGCAAUACUAUAAGAUAGUGGAUGGUAUAAUGUUAACCCUUUAUAGUAUGAUUCUUAAAUCAAAUGGGGACAAAAUAAAUAAUGUUAAUUUGUCUAGUAGGGUUGCAUAGGUACAGGGUAUUUUUAAGAGUUUUGUAAUACACUAAACAAUUAUGGGUUAACAUUUUCAUAAAAUGCUAUGGGUAUAUGCCAACAGUUUUAUCAGACUAAUAGCUAAUAAUAUAAUAAAGCGCCAUCAAAUUAUUUAUAAUGCUUAUUUAUGUAACCAGUUUAAAAUUAGAAUUGCUUAGACCCUGGCAAUUAGAAUCUUUUUUCAAAUUAAUAUCUUGUUUCGAAUUUUAGCUAUUCGUUUGGCUACUAAAGUAGAGCAUUCGAAUCAUCUCUUACACCUUUUACUUUAAAAUCAGUUACUUCUUUUGCUUGCUAUAAUGCUGUCUGUCUAUAAAACAGUUCUCUAAUUUAUAUUACCAUAGGUUCUUAUUCGUUUUAUUGUGAUACUGCCUCCUAAAAUAUUAGCUAAUAAACUCCUUUUGAUAUGCAAGGAAGCUUAGUCUGCCCAUCAAAUAUUGCAGAUUUCUGCUAAUCUCCUGGUCCGUGUCAAAGCUUUUGUGCCUCUGCAGGUUAUUGUUUAAAUAAAAAAUGUACUUGUAUUGCAGGGUAUAAUGGGGAAGGAUGUUAAUGUAUUCAAGGAUACAAUUACUAUGAAGGUUAAUGCCGUUAAUGCAAUUAAACCUGUAAGACUUGUAGCGCCAUUGAUUCUUCUUAAUGCUAAACUUGCAUAGAUGGCUACUAUCUUUUAAAUGGUUAGUGCUUGUAAUGUGGUCCACUGUGUCUCACAUGCUCUGCAUCAGCUCCUAGCUAAUGUACUUCCUGCGAACAAGGUUUUUUUUUAGAAUCCACCACUAAUACAUGUCAAAGAUGCAGCUCAAAUUGUGUUAAUUGCACGAGCCUAUCUAACUGUACUGCUUGUUAAGAUGGAUAUGGCUUGAGUUCAACAAAUUAGUGCACCAUAAUUUGUAUGUAUAAUUGCUAAAAAUGCUACUAAGAUGCAUUUACUUGUUAACAAUGCUAUCAAAAUAAAGUAUUUAAUUCAACUUCUGGAGUCUGUGAAUGUCCUUCUGCAUAAUAUGAAGAUCAAUUUGGAAAUUGCUAAAAUUGUAAAAUUAAUUGCUUGAAAUGUUCUUCAAUAAGAAAUUGCUUUGAAUGCGAGGAUGGCUACAAGCUGUUACCUUAUUCUCAAACUUGCACUGAUAAUAAUUUUUCAUAUUUUUUAAGUUUUUUAUUUUUAAAUAUAAUAUUAUUUAUCAUUUUUGUAUGA